AUGAACCUCUCAGUGUUCGGCAAGGCUAUGGAGAACCUGAGAAACCACCAUAACAUCCAGCUAGUCACGAACGAAGCCGCAUACACGAAACUAGUCAUGAAGCCGAACUUCAACUCCAACUACUUCAGCAGUCACAUCAUGGGUGUGGAAACAAGCUAUAUUGGACAACUCGAAAAUCGUGAUGUACAACUUCCACUACGACUAUAUGCAGCCCAAGUACGGUACCAAGUUGCGGAUCUGCUUAUGGACACGGAAUCUUUCCUGUACCACAUCAGAACGGAGGACAUUUACCGCGAUAUUGCUGAUGAUGUCAAGACACGUUUCGAUACGAGUGCCUAUAGCAAAGAUGAUGACAGACCUCUCCCAAUUGGCAAAAACAAAAAGGUCGUGGGCUUGAUGAAGGAUGAGCUAAGCGGAAAAAUCAUGACAGAGUUCAUCACGCUGAGAGCGAAGCUGUAUGUCUACAAGAGUAUCACGAAAUGGGGUGGCGAUCCCAAAGCGAAAGGUGUGAAGAAGUGUGUCACGGCAAAGUCUAUCACAUUUGAAGACUACCAGCGCUGUCUAGAGGAUGGCGUCGACAUAUACAAGACCUGGGUCCGUAUUAAAAACAAGGGGCAUCAAAUCUAUACGCAGGAAGUGAACAAGCUGGUACUUAAUAGGGCAGACGACAAGCGGAUCGUACAAGCAGACCAGAUCACAACACUCGCGAGAGGUCAUUACCGUUUAGCCGCUAAGGGGUGUCAAUAA